AAGUUUGACGAUGCGGUGUUGCAGGCGGACAUGAAGCACUGGCCAUUCACGGUGAUGAGUGACGCGGGGAAAAUCCAGGUGGAGCACAAGGGGGAGAACAAGUCCUUCUACCCUGAGGAGGUGUCUUCCAUGGUCCUGGUGAAGAUGAAGGAGAUUGCCGAAGCCUACCUGGGCCAGGAGGUGUCGAACGCCGUCAUCACGGUUCCAGCUUACUUCAACGACUCCCAGCGUCAGGCCACCAAGGACUCAGGAGUGAUCGCCGGCCUCAACGUCCUGAGGAUCAUCAACGAGCCCAAGGCGGCCGCCAUUGCCUACGGUCUGGACAAAGGCAAGAGCAGCGAGCGCAAUGUCCUGAUCUUUGACCUGGGCGGGGGCACCUUCGACGUCUCCAUCCUGACCAUCGAAGACGGCAUCUUUGAGGUGAAGUCCACGGCCGAAGACACUCAUCUGGGUGGAGAGGACUUUGACAACCGCUUGGUUAACCACUUUGUGGAGGAGUUCAAGAGAAAGUUCAAGAAGGACAUCAGCCAGUACAAGACGGCUUUGAGGAGGCUCCUACAGCUUUUUUUACUCAAAAAUUUGAUUCGGGGCUUAUUAAAAAAGAUCCAGGGCUUUAGCCCCGAAUAA